GGAUUGUUACAAAAUAAACCUUACAAUAAUAAUAAGAUGAAAGAGAAAGAGAGUCAGGAUAAAGAAGACAAUUCAAGAUCUCAAGAUCAAUUGAGCAGAAUUAGUUCGCCAGUUCGAGAUAAAUCAGAUCAAAAUGGUUUACUAGCAGUUUCAAGUUCUCCAACUAUUAAAUCUAAAUAUUUCUUUAUUGAAGACCUUUCUGACGACCUUCGGAUUGCUGUAAAGGAAAAACUAAUAAUUAAUACAAUAAUUUUGACUAUGAUGAAUGCAUUAGAUCCAGAAAUAUUUCUGGUUGCCAAAAAUAUUGUUUAUGAUAUUAUUCAUAUUCGUCAUAAGAACCAACAUAAGUUGUAUUUAUUUAAACAACAACCAACUACGCACCAGGAUAAUCGUAUUAGAGAGAAGCAUAUGAUUGGCAGAAAAAAUGAAAAUCAAGAACUUCAACCGAUUAAAGAUAUGUCUGUGUACUAUUCAUCUGAAGUUUCUAAAAGUGAUGAAGAGAAUCUUUCCAAUAUGUGA